CGCGCCGCCGCUGCCGCCGCUGCCGCCGUCGCCGCCGCCGCCGCCGCCACCGCCACCGCCACGCCAAGCUUCGCGAUCCGUGCGCGCGCUGCGCCAGUCGGCGCGAGCUCGACCUUCUCCUAUCACGUGCGCUGCGCACUCCGAGGCAUCUCCUCGGCAGCGUCGUAUUGCAAGGCAAUCGCGUACACCUACGGAGCAGUAGCCGUGCGCCGAGUGCCGCCGCUGUUUGUGCCGAGUCAAGUGUUUCGGUUCGAAUCUCGUCUUAUCGCGAGUGCGCGCCAUUGGCAUUCGAUACCGACUGCGUUCACGCCAGCCCGCUGCUAUCUCGCUCGCUUUCAAGUCACUACUUUGUUACUCCAACCAACUAACUCUAUUGUUAUCAGCGAUUAGUUCUACUAACGUUUUCAUUUCGAUCAAUCUCACGCCGACUUUUAUCCACUCCGAUCAAUUCCUUCCACUAACGCGUAUUUCCGGUUUUUUACUUUUUAAUUGCAUUUCACAGCUUCUUAUCUAGUUUCGUACGGCAAUAAGCCGAAGAAAAGAUCAAAGUCAAAUUGGACAUAGUGGUAUUUGGUACAAGUUGAAAUAUCGUUGAAUAUUAACGAAAGCUGUGGACGACGAAUGCGAGGAUGAAAGGCGAAGCAUCUUCGGGAGCGCAGAUCGCAAUUCGUUGAUCUGGAAAGCCAUUAAUUGUGGUCGCAUACCGGGCGUUCGUCACCCAGGCGAAGGUUCGCCGAACGACGCGGAACAACGUUAUCGUAAAAAAGCGACUGGCCUUAUCGGCGUAGCUCCGCGUCGAACGCCCGCGAUAAUCGGCCGCUCGGACUCUCUCGGCGCAGGUGAAGCGCGUCCUUCGCGAUAAGCACGCGUGCAACUUUGGAACUUUCUCCUUGGCCGCGUGGGGGAGCGUUGUACGCGCGAGUAUCGCGCGCACUUGGCGAGCUGCUUGGUGAAGCGCGACUGCGGCGAACAGUGCGCGCGUACACGCUCGCGCCAACGCCGAACGCUCGAUCGCUCGCUUUUCGAAGCUAAAAGAAGAAGACGCGCGCGCCGACAUCGCUGGCAAACGCGCGCCCAGGCGAGCGAGCCUUUUUUUUUUCCUUUUCAGCGCGCCUACGCCGCAGACUAGCUCCGCGUUACCCGGUCGUAUUUUUACAACGAGUCUUCGAUCGACGCAGCUCCUCGACUCCGGCUGAAAAUCCGAUGCGCCGUUAUAAUCGUCUCUGCUUUUACGUUAUACCUAUCCGUGGCUAUUUAUAGGGACGCGAUGUACGAGCUCCUCAUCCGUUGAACCGAUUGCUCGCGAGGGUGUAAUAUCCAGAGUAGUCUUCGUCCGAAACAAGUUGUCGCGUCGUUCGAGUACAGACAUAGGACGAACAUCGUUUGCCGUUCGCUCUGCACUGGCGCACACCUCCGGCCAAUAACUAACAAUCAACUUUCGCUGGUCGAACGAGAAAAUUGCUUGAAAAACUUGAGUAAAUCCACCGCAGAACUGACGUAUGCCGCUCAUUAACAUAGCUUCCCAAUUCAAAUCAGCAAAUUAUCUCCGUCGGGGCAGUGAUGCAUAGCUUCUACGUUUGGCUCGCGAAUUCCAUUUCAAUUUCAAUUAAAGAAACGCACUGCGCAGACUUUCCAUUUGACUGUUCCAUUGUGCUCGAAUUUACCAGACACGCGCCCAAUCAAUCUAUCCCCAAAUUAUUAGCCAUUUCGUUUGAUUUUCCUCCGUGCAUACUUGUCUCUUCGUUCCAAGCAUACUUCGCUCUAUAAGCUUUACAUAAUGUGUACUCGAACUUAUUGAUAGACGCACUUUACGAUUGGAUGACAUAGGUAACCGUUUGUCAUUUAAAUCCAACAGAACGAUUUCGCGAAGAUCACCGAAGAAACUGAUCGUGAUCAACUCGGAACAUCUCGGUCUUUGGAAUCGAGUGAAUUUGUCAUUGUUUCGAAGCCGAAAACGUUUUGAACGUAUUGGAGCUGUUCGACAAUUCGAAACCGUUGACACGCUUUUUAAGUGGCUUUGGCGUGUCUCUUGAAUGUCACUCCGCACGGCAAGAUUCACGCAACUCGAGAGCAAAUACGUAUCUCGGCUCGCGAGAGCUGUCGGAUGUUCGAGCCACGCGCAGCGACUCAAUUGCUUAAUUCACGAGGUACCGCUAGCCCGAGCGCGUCCUUCUUUGUCGCUCGCUCGUCGCGGACAGCUCUCGCGAUUUUCCACUCGAAAACACGGAGCUGCGACUGCGGAGGAGGCGCGUCCGCGACAGGCAGACCACUGUCGGCUUUCUCUGCUGGGCCACGAGCAUUUCGGCAGCCUCUCUCUCCCGCCCGUCUCGCGGCGGCAGCUCGGCGAUUCGUGCUGCACCUACGACAAAGGAAUAGAGGCGGCGGCGCAGCUGCUCUCGCGCGCGACUCUACGUCGCUCCAACGAGCUGCUGCUGCUGCUGCUUUUGCGUAGCCAACGCCAGCACGAAGAGAGGGAAGCAGAGGCGGCCGAGUGUUCAACGAGCGUUGCGCGACUGGAGAGCGACGGAGGAGCCAAACGCCCGUCGAACUUGGCACCAGUCUCGAGACUGCUCAGACGUCGUCAUCGCGCGACGAGCCUCGCGACCAAGUCCUGCGAUAACAUUUAUACCGUCAAUAAGACUAACGGCUUCUUCGAAUGGAAACACGGACGCAGUGGCCACGACGAGCAAGAUCGACAAAGUAGUAGCUUAGAUUGGCGCCUGCCGAGGAGAGCAGAUAAGAACUCGAGUCAUUUAGAACGUCGAAAGGCAUCGCGUAGCGCCGAACAGUUGUCUAGAAGCAACGCUCUGCAAACCACCAGUACAAAGUCGAAAAUCGUCUCGUUGCUAAAACGUCUGUCGCCUCGGCUACCCCGGCCGAACAGGCCGAACAGCAAAACCUCGCUGCCGUCGUCGCCCAACGUCUGUCCGUGGGUGCAAGUCGAGUACUCGAACGGCGAUGGGGCCGACGGAACUCGAAGCGGCGAACAACCUCAACGGUCGACCCAAGAGCCUGAUUAUAGUUUUCAACGCGAGCUUCAGCUCAACGAGAUGCACAAGAGGGCCAUCAAAGCCUCCAACUCGAGACAAGAACUAGCCAACGACGCUGCGCCCGUAUUCAAAGAAAACAGAAGCGUUCAACCUUGCCCACAACCCAAUGUACAUGUCCAAGAGAAACAGGACAAAUCGGAUCCAAAUAUCCGAGCUGUGCACGAGGAUCGGGGCUCGUCGCAAGAGUGGAGAGAAGUGGCUGGGGCCGGGGAACCUGGACCCCUUCCCAGGACGAGUCGGCGCUCGAGGCCCCACUCGCUGGCCGUGCAGCCGCUCAACUACCAGCGUCUUGACCCCGACGAGCAACAGCAGCAGCAGCAGCAGCAGCAGCAGCAGCUCCCAGUUCAGAAGCGAGCAGCGGUCCAGACCAGCACGCAUCCCAAUAUGACCAGCCAGGAGAGCAUCGGCAGCUGUAGUCUCGACGUCGAGAGAUCCGCCUCCGACCGAUCAGCAGAUCCGAACGCAGGCUCGCCGUCGGAGAAGACGCUGCACAGUCUGAACUUGGAGUGCAACGGCGACGAGGAGGCGACGCAGGCCGGAGCGAAGCAGCCGAGGCCACGAAUCGAGGUGACGCGGCCGGCCGAGCCGGAGGACCGCCAGUCGAGUGCUAGCCCAGUGAGCAAUGGGCGCCAGAGCCGCAAGCUCGCAGGCGCAGGCUCGGCAGCACGCGAGGAGGCCAACGGCACAGGCACUGGCAGCGACCGCGAGCAGCUGACCGGCAAGAAGCCGCCGAGCUAUCUGGGCCUAGCCUGCAGCAUCAACGGCUACACCGGCAUCACCAGGUACGACAGCAAGCUGCGCGAGGGCUUCCGCUCCCGAGACAGCAGCCCCGGCGCCCGGCUGCUCGCCAGGGACACCAGUCCCGCCGGAUUCAGGUCCAGCGAGGCCGUCGACGCGUCGCCGAGCAGCCUGCCGCCAAAGAGCCAGUCGAUAUCGCCGCUAGCGAUGGACCGCAACCGGCACAGCAACGGCUUCGCCAAGUGCCUGCAGGGCAAGUGCAAAAUCGACGGCCACCUCGAGACGACCAGCGGCGGCAGCGGCGGCAGCGGCGGCAGCGACGACAGCAUCGGCUGCGACAGCGGCGACAGGAGGAGGACCCUCGGCGGCUCCUCCGCUUGCCAGGAUUACUCGGAGGACUCGGUCAACCGCGCGGCCAGCCCGGUAUUCGCUGUCGAAGGCCGUUCCCCGCCCAAGAAAGACAGCGCCAUCUACUCGUACAUGAGCCCCUGCACCGUGCGCAGGAUGCUCUUGGGCAUAGGCGUGCCCGGCUUGUCGCCAGUGCAACACCAGCACCAUCUUUCGCACGAGGCCAAGAUCAGGAACGGCGUACUCCCCAUUACCUUCAGCACCGAAAAGUCCUUCAUUCAGCAGCGCAUAGAGCGAAUCUACGGACCAUGUGCCUUGGCUCAAGGCUUCUAUUUCCAGCGCCCCGCCUACAACAAGUGGCCCCCCGAGAAGACCGAACGCCCCUUCCAACCCUUUAAGCAUAACAACACCUCCGCUGUAGAUGACAGCAGCACCGAGCAGUCGCUCAAGAAUCUGCCUGUGCUGCGACAUCUCAAACCCGAGUUUCGCGCUCAGCUACCUGUCGUUAGCCCGAGGAGGCCCACCAACGGUGGUACCGAGCAGAUCAUUGAACCUUUGAAGAGAAUGUCGAUUUCGUCUGCGAAAAACGAUACCAAAGAAACGGAAACGAAAUCGAGCGCAGGCAAGAUGGAAGACGACGCGACGACCGAUUCAAAGGUCACGGACCAACAGCUUGCAGCGCCCAAAGUGGUUCUGCCUGUGAUAGAGCCUGUGUCGAGCGACAGCUCGACGAAUAUUCCAAAACAAGGUGUCGAGCCGCCGCCUAACGAAACCAAGGACAAAGUCGGACGCUAUUUUUUGAAUUUGCUGAAUAAAGAAAGAGACAGGUUGAUAGUUUUGGCUGAACAAGCUGAAGCCGAGUUGGAGCAUAGCGGAGCAGUGGCUCUUCCGGAAGAAGCAUCCGGCAAACUCAGGUCUGCAGCGGGUAAAGCAAGGUUGCUGGCGACGCAGAAAAUGAAACAAUUCGAAGGACUAUGUCAGAAAAAUAUCAAUCAACUGCCUGGUGAGGAGUUUCCAACGACCAGUGAAGAUCUCGCUGGUUUCUGGGAUAUGGUCAUGCUGCAGGUAGUCCAAGUUAAUCACCUUUUCGAAUUAAUCGAACGAUCAAGAAACUCUCAAUGGCAAGAGAUUGUACCAGAACAAAAGUCUGCUCCAACUACACCGCAAAAUGGUAGCGCUUCAAAAAGGCGUCAAACGCCAUCUUCAAAGGCUAAAUCUGCUGCAAACUCCGAAGCUGCUCGCAAAACGCGCGAAGUACGAGAACAAACUCGUCGACAAAUGCUUGAAGAGAAAAGACGCGCAAUGAGAUCAAAUGCCAAUAAAUCGGAUGAUUCCGUGGAGAUCUUUGUUCCCGACACGUAACAAAUGUAAUUGUAUUAUACAUUCAGGGCCUCUUAAUGGUUGAAUAUUUUUAAAUAACGAGAAAUCAAAUUGUUCAAAUUUUGAAAACUUAUUUUUUCUUGGCGAAUUUGUCAAGAAUUUCAUGAAAGUUUGAAAGUGUAUUAUAGAACAUAUUUACCUUAGACGUGAUCUUAAAUUAUUCGACUCGAGGAAAGUGAAAACCGUUAAGACAAGAUAUUCCAAAUUAUUCAUCGCGAGACAUCGAUGUUGUAAACAAACUAAUUGACCAGAAAAUUCAGAUACUUUUUACAAAAAUUGAAUUUCUUUAAAUUAUCGACUAUGAUGAGAAAACAGCCAACAACAUCGAUGCAUGUACAUAUUCUUGAUACAUUGAAAAUUCAAUUGAAUCGAGACGAAUAACAGCUCGAAAUAAAUUGUAAUAAUUAAUUUUUUUACCAUUGUUGAAGAAGUAAUACUGUAAUAUUUUACGGUCAUAAAAAACGAUAUUCGUCUAUUCAAAUGUGGCAUUAAUUUAUUCAAUCAGAUAUUUAUAAAUGUGUGUGAAAAUGAUAGCGUGAAAGACUGGUUUAACUUGGACAGAGAAAUUAUUUAUAUUUCCAAGAAAAUUAAUUGCAUGGAAACUCUGAUGCAUUGUACUUGUAAAUAUUCAUUCCAUAGGCAUUUGGCAAUUGCAUUUGAGCCUUUUCUGUUUGGGUUAUCUAUUUGGAUAAAUUCCUGUUGAUAUCAUUUUUUAUCUUAAUUAUAUACAAUUAAAUUGCAAACUGUGAAUUUAAAAACGACUAUCAGAGUGGAGAGAUUCAUUUGUUUUUACUUAUAUUGAAUUCUGCGAAUACUCAUUGAAAUUUUGAUGCUAAUUGAACAUUUACUUAUUAUUUCGACUUAUAAUUAUUGGUAUAUUUAUUUAUUGUAAGCGUAAAAUUACAGGCAAAGAAUUGAUUGUAAUUUAUCAGAAAAAUUCAUGUUCAAUUGGUGUAAAAAGUAUCAAGUACAUAAAGUAUUUGAGCCCGACUGGCGUGCGACUGUGCAAAUGAAUAAAAAAUUGUACAUAAGAGACACGUAAAUGGUAUGAAACCUAUAAUGAUUAUAUUUUGAUAGUGUUAAAUUAGACUUGAAAAUAUCACUUUCACAUUUAUAUUUCCCUUUUUUUAUUUGUUAUCUGUAUAAUAGUAAUUUAUACUCAAUCUAUUCAUAUACUUUUAUAUAAAGGCAUCCACUAUGAAGAUUUUUCUAGACUUUUCGGCUUACUUUUGUCGAGUAUUGAUUUUGUAAUUUAAUUUUUUGGAGAUAAUUUUAUACUGAGUUAUUUUGAAUUAAAAUUCUGCAGAUAUAAAAGAAAGCUAACAACUUUUGAAAAUUUGGUCGUUUUUACUUGGACUUUCACAUUGCAAUAAUGGAGAAGCAUAAUUUAACAUUAUAAACAAUGUUUGAAUUCGUCGAAAGAAAGUGAACAUAACAAAUUCUUUGUAAGAUAGCGUUUAAGACAUAUUUGUAAUAAAUUUCU